AUGACAAUAAACAAAUCUCAAGGACAAUCGUUAGACUAUAUUGGUCUAUAUUUUCCAAACGAUCUUUUCAGUCACGGACAACUAUACGUUGCUAUGUCACGAAUCAAAAGUAAGGUUGGAUUGAAAAUCUUGGUUCAUGACAAAGAUAAGAAUCCAUUAAACCAUACGACUAAUGUGGUAUUCAAGGAAGUCUUUUACAAUGUGGUCUAG